CGGACACGUAAUCAAGAUUAGCAGUUAUGCAAGGGAGUCUUCCGCAUAGCCCCGGAUGCAAGCUGGACAACAUUCUCUCCCGGCUUCCUACUAGCCGAUCUCCGGAUUCAGGGGACGCUGGAAGUCUGGGAAGGAAGUCGCCCGGUCUUGGAAGUGAUGUUGAUUCUCCUCUGUGGCUCCUUCUCCACGUAGCCCCAAUCAGAAAUGAGAAGGAUGUCGUGGUUCUGUUCCUUCUCACUUUUCGAGACAUCACUGCCCUUAAGCAACCACAAGAAGAAGAUGCUGCUAAAGUUGGACUUAGCAAGUUCGCCCGCCUUGCCCGGUCUGUUACUAGAAGUCGUUCUGUCCUGGUUCAGCAAUUUUCCACUCAGUUAUCCCAAGGCCUCAAAUCAGAUCCCACUAAACAAUCACAAAUCGCACAUAUGAUAAGCCUCAAUUCAGAAGUCCUGCCUCAGUAUCGACAAGAAGCUCCCAAAACCCCACCUCAUAUACUCCUGCACUAUUGCGCCUUCAAAGCCAUCUGGGACUGGGUUAUCCUCUGCCUCACUUUCUACACAGCCAUCAUGGUCCCUUACAAUGUGGCCUUCAAGAACAAGACCUCCGAGGAUGUGUCGCUGCUUGUGUUAGACAGCAUCGUCGACGUCAUCUUCUUCAUAGACAUUGUUCUCAACUUCCAUACGACGUUCGUGGGGCCCGGAGGGGAAGUGGUUUCGGACCCCAAAAUCAUCCGCAUGAACUACAUGCGUAGUUGGUUCAUCAUCGAUCUCCUCUCGUGUCUGCCUUAUGACGUGUUCAAUGCCUUCGACCACGACGAUGACCAAGGUAUAGGUAGCUUAUUUAGUGCUCUAAAAGUGGUGCGACUCUUACGUCUGGGUCGAGUAGUCAGGAAAUUGGACAGGUAUUUGGAAUAUGGAGCAGCUAUGCUUAUCCUAUUACUAUGUUUCUAUAUGCUAGUGGCCCACUGGCUGGCAUGUAUAUGGUACAGCAUUGGCCGGAGUGACGCUGAAAAUGGAUAUGUACAUAGCUGGUUAUGGAAAUUAUCUAACACCACAGGAAAGCAUUUCUAUUAUAAGCCUAGUUCUAAUCCAGAAAAUAACCACACGCAUGAGCUGACUAAGGGACCGCCAAGGGGUACUAUGUAUGUCACUGCUUUAUAUUACACCAUGACAUGCAUGACCAGUGUCGGUUUCGGAAAUGUGGCUGCUGAAACUGAUAAUGAAAAAGCUUUUACGAUCUGCAUGAUGAUUAUCGGAGCACUUCUGUAUGCCACUAUUUUUGGACAUGUGACAACCAUCAUUCAGCAAAUGACAUCGGUAACUGCAAGGUACCAUGAAAUGUUAAACAACGUGCGCGAGUUUAUGAAGUUACAUGAAGUUCCAAAAGCCCUUAGUGAACGAGUUAUGGACUAUGUGGUAUCUACUUGGGCCAUGAGCAAAGGCAUAGAUACAAAAAAGGUUUUAAGUUAUUGCCCGAAAGACAUGACUGCUGACAUUUGUGUGCAUCUGAACCGCAAAGUGUUUAACGAGCACCCUGCUUUCCGACUGGCGAGCGAUGGUUGUUUGCGAGCCCUAGCAAUGUACUUCACAAUGGACCAUAGUGCCCCUGGAGAUUUACUGUACCACACUGGAGAGAGUAUUGAUACACUUUGCUUUGUCGUCAGUGGAUCUCUGGAGGUCAUCCAAGAUGAUGAAGUCGUCGCUAUUCUCGGUAAAGGGGAUGUUUUCGGAGACUCCUUUUGGAAAGAGCCUUCUAUAGGUCAGUCAUGCGCAAAUGUUAGAGCGCUUACAUACUGUGAUCUUCACGCCAUCAAACGAGACAAACUACUUGAAGUGCUUAACUUUUAUCAUGCCUUUGCCAAUUCUUUCUCAAGAAAUCUUGUACUAACUUACAACCUCCGACACAGGUUGAUUUUCCGGAAGGUUUCUGACGUUAAACGGGAACGCGAGUUAUCCGAAAGGAGAAAAGCGGAUCCCGUACCGGAUAUCUCCCAGGAUCACAUUGUGCGGAAGCUGUUCUCAAAAUUUAGGAAAAAUGGAGGGGACUCUGGAAAGACCAGCAGCCCAAACCAAAUUGCUGCUUUACCAGAUGUGGAAAGAGGAGAAGCUCCGCCUCCUAGCCCUCCUCAACAAGAUGGCCCAAGGUCCCCUGUUCCUGAAGAAGAAGCAAGAGAAAAUCAAAAUGGUCCACAAAGUUUGAUGGGUUUUGAUUCUUCUCUUCUUCGCUCAAACAACUUAGGAAACAAAAAUGAAGUUACUUUCUUCCAUAAGUCAGCAGACCUAACCGUUGAAAAACAACCGGACGCUUACAGCGAAUCGGAUCAACGGCAGCGUGGCCUUCUCUCUAAAGGUAUUUCUUCCAAGUGGCCCAAGACAACUCAACCUGAGACUAUCACUACUGGGCACGAAACAACAUCUACCCAAAUCAAAGAAGAGGAGAGCUUGGACUCUCGAGCUGAAGUCCAGCCUCUAGGAGGGAAGUCUUUUCCGACAUCCGAUCUUGAGAAACCAGUUGGUGCCAAGGAUAAAACAGCGGAAUCUACCGAAGGUGAACUCCAACUUCUAACAAGUGGAGUUACAGGAGGCGAGUACCAGCAGAUUGUUUCCAGCCUAAUGGACAUGCGAGUGGACUUGAAACUCGAAAUCCAGAGACUGAAUCUCAAAGUUUCUAGGAUAGAUGAACAUCUUGUGGAGCUAGUGAAAAAGAUGCCAAGACUUCCUACUAAAGCAGAUGUAGAACGGACUUCUGACGGUCGGCCAGAUUCACACCGACGCGGGAGUGAUCAUUCUAAACAUACUUGUAGCAAAGGGGGUAAAAGGGAAUCUCAUGUGGCCCCAUCCAAAAAGAAGGGUUCAAAAUCUAAAAGCUGGACGUCAUCCAAAUCAUCCCCACCCCCUGCGCCAUCGCGUGCAUCUCCUAAUGACUCGGCCGUCAGGGCCAUGCUCGAGAACGAAAUCGAAGAGCUCCAACGAGAAUCGCUUCCAAACGAAACACAAUAAGAGCACAAUUUGACAGACAAGUGGCCUUUCUUGUCUCUAUAGGAUCAUCUGUUUCACUAGUCAUUAUAACUUCAUUUUAGUAGGUUUGGUUUCAGUCUUCUAAAAGGCUGAGUUGUUUGAGGCUGUUUUGCUCAGACGGACAACAAAUUGUUAUUCUAUGAAAGCAAAAAUAUUCCU